AUAUAUAAGCUGGGCCUAGCUACGUGUGAAAAAUAUCAGGGCGCAAUACGAAACGUAUUGUUCUUCCGCACGGGAAGGUUUUUUGUUUCGUUUUCUCAAAAAGUAUUAUACAGUGGACAUUGAAGCUAUAAAAUGCCACGAAUAUCCGAGAUCAGCGUUCCCGUGGGAUUCCUCCUGCUUAUCAGCCUGAUAAAUGUCGACGGCCUUGUAAAGGGGGGGAACUACCAAAACUCGGUGUAUCAACAGAGUCUGGACACCAACUCGGCAACAGGCUCAACGGCAUCGUUUCCCUUCCUGAUGCCCAUGGUUUCCCCGCAAACACCGGACUUGUACUUGUGCACUCCAAUCAAAGUCGAUCCAACUACCACCUACUAUAUUGUUGGCUUCAAUCCCAAUGCCACCAUGAACACGGCUCAUCACAUGCUGCUCUACGGAUGCGGAGAGCCCGGAACAGCGAAAAGUACUUGGAACUGUGGCGAGAUGAACCGAGCUUCCAAAGAAGAGUCGGCCAGUCCCUGUGCUCCUCACUCGAGUUCUCAGAUCAUAUAUGCUUGGGCGAGAGAUGCCCAGAGGCUGAAUUUGCCCGAGGGAGUGGGUUACAAGGUGGGCAAGAAUUCGGCCAUCAAGUACUUGGUAUUGCAAGUUCAUUAUGCCCACAUUGAUAAAUUCAAAGAUGGUUCUACCGAUGACUCUGGCGUUUUUUUGGAGUACACAGAAGAGCCUCUUAAAAAGUUGGCUGGCACUCUUCUGCUGGGCACAGACGGAAUGAUUCCGGCCAUGAAAACGGAGCACAUGGAAACCGCUUGCGAGAUAAAUGAGCAUAAGGUGCUGCACCCCUUCGCGUACCGCGUGCACACCCAUGGCCUGGGAAAGGUGGUCUCCGGCUACCGGGUGAGGACCGACAGCGAAGGCGAACAGGAGUGGGUGCAGCUGGGCAAGAGGGAUCCCCUCACGCCCCAGAUGUUCUACAACAUCAGCAACAGGGAGCCCAUUGUGGAGGGCGACAAGAUUGCGGUGAGGUGUACGAUGGAGAGUACGCGACAUCGGAUAACCAAAAUUGGCCCUACGAACGAAGACGAGAUGUGCAAUUUUUACCUCAUGUACUACGUGGAUCAUGGGGAAACCCUGAACACGAAGUUCUGCUUUAGCCAGGGCGCUCCCUACUAUUACUGGUCCAAUCCCGACUCCGGCCUACACAAUAUCCCACAUAUCGAGGCGAGCACUUUGUAAUCUGUCAACUGGCGACUGCGGAAAGUGAAACGAAUGUAUACUACUUUAUUGUCUGGAUUAAUUUAUCGUGUCUAACAACCGACGAUGGUUUAGCAUCCUAUUCCGUUGGCCACCAAUGAUUUAUGUAAAAUAUUUGUGCGUGUAAAUAAACAUAUGUAGAUAAUUCGCGAGAUCCCAA